AUGUUACCUUUUCAAGAUAUGUAUACAGAUUUAGCAUGGCGAUAUCUCUUAUAUAAAUAUGGUCAUCAUGAAGCUGUAAAACGUUUCUCAAAUCUUACAAGAUGUCUUUUUGCUGUAACUGGAGCCAUUGCUGAAGCACAUGAAUCACAAAAAUUUACAGAAAUGAUCGAUUCAAUUAUUGAACAAACUGAACAAACUUUCCUUUUGUAGUUAAAAGUAUUCUAUUGUCUUUUUUUGUGUUUGUAUUUAGUAUUAUAGCAAACAACGUACAUUUUAGAUGAACAUGAAGUAGAUAUUAUUUUGUUUUCAAUAAAGGCAUUAAAUUCAUGAUUAUGAAAAGUUGAAUAGUCUUAUGCAAUUAAUAGAAGUUUCUUUGAUCAUUUUUAAACAGUUCUUAUGAAGAUUCCGAUUUUCGCAAAAAAUGAAGGGGAGGGUCGACGGGUCAAAGUUGAGGAUCAACUAGUUAUACUAGUAUAUAGACUAGUUCUUCUACUUCAUCAGAAUAUUAUUCAAUAUGCUCUCAAAUUUUGCAUACAUGAGAAAGGUUAAUCACAGUAUGUGACUUUUUUACUACCGUCGACUAUAAGACAACCGUUUGUAUUCUCUCAUUUAGCAAUUAAAUCAAUUCAGAUCUAUAUUUCUUAUUUCCUUAGAUAUGCACUAGAAAUAUUCAUUCAACAUGGCCAAAACCGUUUACUAAUGAUUAUACUAUGAUAUCGAAUAGUACUUCUAAAACGAGACUAUUUUUCUAAUAUGAUUAUAUGCGGAAUGGCGAUAUUUUAUGAUUUCAAAGAAUCAUGAUGUCGAUUGAAAGUUGGCAGAAUUUUCCAUCAAAUACUUUAACGUAGUACGACCUUCAGUCGCUGUCAGUUUCAGCUUGACUGCAAAUACUCUCGAAUCAAGUGGUAGAUGGUUGAUAGAACUAUUUCUUAAAUUACUUUUUCCACUUCAUGUGUGGUUUUUGUUGUGUUGGAAAUUGAAGCCUACGCUUGUUAAUGCACAUGAUAAACAUAUGACACGUUCAGAUGAAUAUAAGGUGUGCAAUAACUGAAUAUAUUCAUUUUAGUAUAGUCAUCUAAUGUAUAUUUGGUUGUCUUUAAAGAAAUCACUGAAGAGAGUGAAAAAUUUAUAGAUAUUUUUACAGAUAAAAUGUUCUUUUUCUCUUAAACGACAUUUUUAGAUAGUAAAACUGAAUAAUAUGCAUAAAAACAAUGAAAGGCUUAGAAAAGUAAUAAAAUUUAUGCUUUAAUAAACUUGUUAUACUGUUGCACAAUAAUCAGAAAAUGAAUCAAUUAUAGAAUAUACCUAACCAAAAUAACCUUGUUCUUCUUUCAUACCUUUUACUUUAACGAGCUACCAUAUACAUAUAUGAACAGAAUGAGUCAAAAUCAUAAAAUUCAGUGCUCAACAAAUGAGAACUAUCGGUUCAUCAGAAAAUUAUACUAGAUGUGUACCAAACGGAACAAAACAAUUGUAAAGAUUUGAUCUAAUCUGUAUGCAUACGGAAAAACAAAUCACUCAGGUCAAUUUGGUGCAUCUCUCUCUGUCCUCAGAAAGUACACAUCCGUUCUUUCGAUUCAAAACCAAUGAUCAUUGAUCGAUAUAAAAUUUCUUUUGAUAGAGUCAGAAAACCCAUUUUUCAUUCUCUGUUUGACUUUCAUUGCCAUUUCGCAAUUCCGUUAUGCACGCAGGUCACAAGGUCUGUCUCGUUUUUCUUUCUUUCUUCUUUCUCUAAUUUAUCGGUGCAUUUUCUAACGCAUACAUACAAGAUAUUUUGUGAUCUAAUAAUGGAGAGAAUAGCUAGUAAAGAUUUAACUACAUCACAGAUGCUUUGUACCAAUAUUGAGCGACAGAAAAACACAACUUUAUGCGAGUGCAAAAUUUGUGGAGUUCCUGCUCGAUAUUCUUAUUAUGGAGCGAUUGUCUGUCAUUCAUGCAAAAUGUUUUUCAAACGGAAUGCAAAAAAUAGAGAAGUCCAUCGAGAUUAAAAUGUCUUUUUUUCUUUAUUUAUUUAAAUUGAUUUUUUUAGG